GCAUUCGCCAUUUUUUUAGUAUAAAUGGGUUCCCCCGAGAUUCUCAUAUUGCCUUUGAGAUCAAUGUGCGUUCUCUUCUUUGCUCAAGUACAUUUCAAUUCGAAUUUUAAAAGGUACAGAGCUCUCAGGCCUGUGUUAUAAUAGACAUACUGCAACGAACCCACGCAAAGCUUAUCAACAAUGAAGGCCAAUCUCGUUUUCUCCGUUCUAUUCUCUUGUCUUCUUCCCAUAAUCAUCUACGCUCAAGCAUCCGGAAGUGGUACAACAACCCGAUACUGGGAUUGCUGUAAAGCAUCCUGCGGUUGGUCCAAAAAAGCUACUCUAGCCACUGGUUCCAACCCUGUCAGUUCCUGCGACAUCUCGAACAACCCACUCACCGACUACAAUGCUGUCUCUUAUUGUGCUUCGUCCUCUGGUACUGCAUUCAUGUGUGGCUCACAAACACCUUGGGCAGUCUCAGAUACACUGAGUUAUGGCUUUGCAGCUACGACCAUCUCGGGUGGAACGGAGGCGAGUUGGUGUUGUGCUUGUUAUCAAUUGACAUUCACAAGUGGACCAGUAGCUGGUAAACAGAUGAUUGUUCAGGCUACUAAUACAGGUGGGGAUUUGGGAAGUAAUCAAUUCGAUCUUGCUAUUCCCGGUGGUGGUUUCGGUAUCUUUGACGCCUGCACACAUCAAUACCCAUCGACUCCCGCAUCAGCGUGGGGUGCUCAGUACGGCGGCCUCUCCAGCCGCACUCAAUGCGCCUCGCUCCCCGCCGCCCUCCAAGCCGGCUGCUACUGGCGCUUCGACUGGUUCCUCAACGCCGACAACCCCAGCAUCACUUUCAAACAAGUCGCAUGUCCUGCUGCGCUCACCGCCAGAAGCGGCUGCGUCCGCGCCAACGAUGCGAUCAACGAGACGCCCACAGGUCCAAGUGCAGUACCUACCUGGGCGAGCUCAACCAGCGCUGCGGGCUCUACAUCUUCAGCAAUUACUAGCACGAGUAAGAGCACGAGUGUGGGUGUAACGAUCAGUACUUCUUCGACCACUAGCGGUGCUGCCAGUGGCGGAACGGGAACACCGGUUGCGCGUUAUGGACAGUGUGGUGGAUCUGGAUGGUCGGGUUCUACAGUUUGCGCCUCGCCUUACACGUGCUCGGUCUUGAGUACCUAUUACUCGCAAUGUGUAUAAGGGUUUACUGGGUUGGAAGGAAAGGGAAAAGGGAAAUAGUUAUUAGACAAGUGAAUGGAUGGUUGGCUGGCUGGUCGGGAUGUCGACAUUGUAUAUAUUGCGAUGGGUUCUCUGUACAUAUGGAGGAGGGGUUUUCAAUGCUAGUACAACUUUUGAUGCUGUGGCCUCUGGAUCUCACAAUUGGAUGUUGAUCUCGGUAUGUAUGAAGGAGUGCUAGUAAACUUUUAUCAUGGGAAGCUUUUUCUUGAAGCGCAUGUGAUCUCAAGAUCGAUGUUCAAACCAUGCUCGUCAAUGGGAGUUGAUGUGUUGGUUUCCAAUAACUUUCCUUGUCAAUUACAAUCCAUCAUGGUACUUCUAUUUACCAACAUAAAUGAGAUUUUGGGCUCACAGUUAAAGCAUUGGUUU